CAGCGAGAAGAACGAAGCGCACUGCGCACCUGCAACAUAAAUAUAAAAGAACUCGGUUUCUGAACCUGUACGGAUAUCCGCAUUCUCGAUUACUGAAACCACGGGUUAUCGAUUUAGAUCAUCUUCUUCUGUGUCUCGGAUCGUCUAAAACGAAGUUUCUGCCUGAUUAUCGUCUCUGUAUUCUUCCGCAGCUCAACGAGUUCUUCUCUUAGGUUACUGUAGAUCAAUUCCGAUGCAGUCACAUUCUGAUGAUGCUGUCCCUAAGGUGAAGGAAGAAACUGACUUCACAGAUACUAGUUCUCAGAGUCAUCUGGAUGACACUUUUCAGAAAUCUGUAGAUGUUCUUGAGGUGGAUGAUGAGGUACAAAUCAUAGAUGAUGAAGGUGACCAAUCCAGUGAAAAUGCCUCAAAUCAGCUGGUGGUUUAUAAUCCAACGAGUGAUACCGAUCAGACUGAACCGUUUCCUGAACCCAUUGGAUAUCAGCCUCCACCUUUCCCUAGUGACUCAACACCACACCCCCCUUCGAGAGUUUUGCCCUCUGUAGGGGCAUUCACCGUCCAGUGUGCUAUUUGUUUUAAAUGGAGGCUUAUCCCAACAAAAGAAAAGUAUGAAGAAAUCCGUGAAAAUAUCUUGCAGCAACCUUUUGCAUGUGAAACAGCUCGUGAGUGGCGGCCUGACAUAUCUUGUGAUGAUCCGGCUGAUCUUUCGCAAGAUAAUAGCAGGCUCUGGGCUAUUGAUAAGCCUAAUAUUGCACAACCCCCUCCUGGGUGGCAACGACUUCUUAGGAUCAGAGGCGAAGGGAGCACCAGGUUUGCAGACAUUUAUUAUGUUGCUCCAUCAGGCAAGAGACUGCGCUCCACGGUAGAGGUCCAGAAGUAUCUGCUUGACCAUCCAGAGUAUGCCACUGAAGGGGUCACUAUGGCACGAUUUUCAUUUCAAAUACCAAAACCUCUUCAGGAGAACUAUGUUAGAAAGCGCCCAGCACGUGUGCCAUCUUCAUAUGAUAGCCCUGGACAAGGGAUAUCUAGCCCCCUUGAACCCAGGGAAGUUAAUCCACUCAACUGGGCAAGUCCUGCUGAUGGUGAGUUGCUGAUUGGUAGGGGAGGUCUAUUGAAUUCCUGUCUUGAUGCCCCUGUUUUGGAACCUGUUACUCCACCAGAAAAGAAGCGAGCCAAGAAACCAUCCAAUGAUAUGUACAGUAGUACAGUAUAUAAUCAGCCUCAGAUCAAGUCAGAAAGUUCUAACCUUUUUAGGAAUGGAUAAGGAGACUCGCCUUGUUAUACCUUGCCUCUUUUUGGGCCUUAAUACAUUGUACGAUCCUAUAUUUUGCAGAAAAUGGUGGAGAAAGUUUUGUUAUGUGUGGUGAGGAGAGUUUUGGGCAAGGUCCUAUAGGUUGAAUUAAUCAUACGAUGUACAAGGAUUCAUGUAAAAGAACUGAUUAUUGUAAUGCAUAUCUCUUUUUGAGAUCGUCCACUUGCUCUUGCUGUUGUUAAAGGUGAUUUCAUGG